AUUACGUCAAUUGAUGUUUUCUAACGAUCUGAAAAGUACUCACUAUUUGAAAAAUAUUCGUUCUUACAAUUCAAUGUUUGGAUUUACCUCAAUGGGAGGUAAGGUUGAUAAUAGUAUCAACACAGGUCGUUCACCUCCCGUCUUUCGAUUGCAUGGGCAAAAUUAUCACAUAAUUGGUAGUUUAUUGCCUUCAGAUGGUUGCAAUCCAAAGUUUGCUCAAUUGUACAUCUAUGAUACUGAGAACGAGGUCAAUAAUAGAAUAAAGUCUGUUGGGAGGAGUGCUGUCGACAAUGAUCUUUAUUCAGAAAUAGUUGGUGAUAUCCAUAAUAUGUUGGAUGAAAACAAUAUUUUGGUACAAUCGUUCCGAAUGGUCAAAGAAGAGAUUAAUCAAGAAAAUCGACCCAAUGUAAGUUUAAGGUUGCUCGGUAAGAGAAAUAGGGAUGGAAGAACUUAUAACCUACCUUCUGUCUCUGAGGUUGCCGUUCUUGUGGUUGGUGAUUUUGAUGAAGCCAUGGGUGAUAGAGAUAUUAUUGUUGAGACUCAAUCAAGGCAACUGCAACGUAUUAGUGAACUCCAUCCAUCCUUCUUAUCUUGGUCUUCAAUAUCCACUUCUUUUCGCUUAUGGCGAUGAUGGUUAUAAAGAAGACAUUGGUUUUUCCAAUUGUAGAAAUUCUGUCUCGACCCGUAGAAAGAAAGUUAGCCCAAAAGAAUAUUUUUCGUAUCGGUUGCAUGAGAGAAUUGGUGAGUGUAUCAUUAUUUUGUACUCGCGGCGAUUAUUUCAA